UUGUCUUGUUUUGGCAGCUGGGUAGCACCUUAUUCCAUUGCAAAAAUCUAUUAGUCACGUUACUUCACCAUUUUUCAUGAAAUUCUUCUUCAAACGCCAUUGCAGCGCUCUCCCUUACUUCAAUACUCAAAAUACCAUAAACCCAUUAGCCAAAGAAUCCCAAAUUCGCCAACUUUGCAGGAUAGGUUCUCUUCCGGAAGCAUUUCAGAUUCUGAAUUCCAUUGAUCCCGGUGAAAUCACAGUCAAGCCGAUUCUAUAUGCUUCCCUUCUACAAACUAGCGUAAAAGUUCGUUCUUUCAGGCCCGGCCUACAAAUCCAUGCUCAUGUGGUUAAGUCUGGCCUCGAGACCGAUCGGUUUGUGGGAAAUAGUUUACUUGCUCUGUAUUUCAAGCUGGGUUCCAGUAUUUUGGACACUCGGAGUGUUUUUGAUAAUCUUGUAGUCAAAGAUGUCAUUUCUUGGUCCUCAAUGGUUACUGGGUAUCUUCGGGUGGGAAAACCCGGCAAAGCAAUUGCAUUGUUUUGGGAUAUGGUGGGGUUCGGGGUUGAGCCAAAUGGGUUCACUUUAUCUGCCGUGAUUAAAGCUUGUUCUGAGCUUCGUGACUUGAGACUCGGUCAAUCUUUUCACGCAAUGGUGUCGAGACGUGGGUUCGACUCGAAUAAUGUCAUUGUUAGUUCUUUGAUUGAUAUGUAUGGGAGGAAUUACGUAUUGGAAGAUGCAAAACAAGUGUUCGAUGAAAUGCUUGAACCAGAUGCUAUAUGCUGGACAUCAAUUAUUUCGGCCAUGACAAGGAACGAUUCGUUUGAAAAUGCUUUGACGUUCUUUUACUUGAUGCAGAGAAAUGCUGGGUUGUUGCCUGAUGGCUUUACAUUUGGAACGGUGUUGACUGCUUGUGGUAAUAUGGGGAGGCUAAAGCAAGGUAGAGAAGUGCAUUCUAAGGUCAUUACUCGCGGGCUUUGCGGAAACGUGGUCGUUGAGAGUAGCCUAGUUGACAUGUAUGGGAAAUGUGGGUCAGUUAACGCAGCUCAAGCUGUUUUUGAUCGGAUGAUGGUGAAGAACUCAGUUUCGUGGUCUGCAUUGUUGGGAGUAUACAGUCAAAAUGGACAAUUUGAAUCUGUUGUCAAGCUAUUUAGGACGAUGGAAAAAUUUGACCUUUACAGUUUCGGAACUGUUAUUCGGGCUUGUGCUGCUUUAGCAGCUGUAAGACAAGGCAAAGAGGUCCACUGCCAGUAUGUAAGAAGAGGUGGUUGGAGGGAUGUUAUUGUAGAAUCAGCUCUAGUUGAUCUGUAUGCCAAAUGUGGAUGUAUAGAUUUUGCUCAUAGUGUUUUCGUUCAAAUGCAAGUUAGAAAUUUGAUAACUUGGAACUCAAUGAUUUGUGGGUUGGCACAGAAUGGCAGAGGCCAAGAAGCAAUUGCCUUAUUUGAAGAUAUGAUUGAAAAUGAUAUUAAGCUUGAUUAUAUAAGUUUUGUUGGGGUUCUUUUUGCUUGUAGUCACUCAGGUUUGGUUGAUCAGGGAAGGAAGUACUUUGAUUUAAUGAGAACAGAUUAUGGAAUAAAGCCUGGUACUGAACACUAUAAUUGCAUGGUUGAUCUCCUAUGUCGCGCAGGGCUUUUAGAAGAAGCAGAGAAUUUGAUCGAAAAUGCUGAUUGCAGGAAUGCAUCAUCUCUUUGGGCAGUUCUUUUGGGUGCUUGCACUUCUUGUACUGAGUCCAAUACUGCUGAGAGAAUAGCCAAAAAAAUGAUGAAAAUGGAACCUGAUAGCCACUUGAGCUAUGUUCUUCUAGCUAAUGUGUAUAGAGCAGUUGGACGGUGGAGUGACGCCUUAAAGAUAAGGAAGCUCAUGAAAAGUAGAGGGGUUAAAAAGACGCCGGCCAAGAGCUGGAUCGAAACGGAUAACAGUUUUGGUGCAGAUUAUGAAAAUGUUCAUAUGGAAAACAGAUUUCCCAGUGUAGGAAAUGUUGGGUGGUGAAUAUCUAAGGUCAUGGAUGAGAAUUCUAUAAUACCUGUUGUUGACCUGGUUAGUAUCAAUCACAACCACAGGAGUGGUCGUUGCUCGUAA